GCUUGCUCUGCUAAUUGCUCUGUUUCCUCCCCCCCUGCCUGCCCCCCUCCUCCCCCCUGCCAAGUCUGCAGCUUCGUGGUGCACAAGCGGUGCCAUGAGUUUGUCACCUUCGAAUGCCCUGGAGCCGGGAAAGGACCCCAGACAGAUGACCCUCGGAACAAGCACAAGUUCAAGAUUCACAGCUACAGCAGCCCGACCUUCUGUGACCACUGCGGCUCCCUGCUCUAUGGGCUGGGGCACCAGGCCCCUCCCAGCACGCUGAGGCCGGGAGACAUGGAACGGCGGCUGUCCGUCGAGGUUUGGGAUUGGGACCGCACCUCGCGCAACGACUUCAUGGGCGCCAUGUCCUUCGGCGUGUCGGAGCUGCUCAAGGCACACGUGGACGGAUGGUACAAGUUACUCAACCAGGAGGAGGGGGAGUAUUACAAUGUCCCCGUGGCUGAUGCUGAAAAUUGUGGGCUCCUGCAGAAAUUUGAGGCCUGUAACUACCCCCUGGAGCUGUACCAGGUAACACCCACGGCCCCUGUGCACUGGGGCAGGGCCUGGGUUCCCCCUCCCCCCAGCAGAGGGCAUUUCCCUCUCCCCGGCCCCCACAGGUUCUAUGCAGCUGAGAUUGCCACCGGCCUCUUCUUCCUGCACAACAAGGGCAUCAUCUACCGGGACCUCAAGCUGGAUAAUGUGAUGCUGGACGCUGAGGGCCACAUUAAAAUCACCGACUUUGGGAUGUGCAAAGAGAACAUCUUCCCCGGAGCCACCACCCGGACCUUCUGCGGGACCCCCGACUACAUCGCCCCGGAGAUAAUCGCCUACCAGCCCUAUGGGAAGUCAGUGGAUUGGUGGUCUUUCGGGGUGCUGCUCUAUGAGAUGCUAGCGGGGCAGCCGGACCAGCUGGUCCUGGCGGGGCUGGACCAGAGCGAAUUCCAGGGCUUCACCUACAUCAACACCGACUUUGUGCACUCCUCGCUGCGCCCCCCCACCUCCCCCAUCUCCAUGGUCUGACCCGCCGGCCUCCUGGCUCCUCCAUGGCCUGACCUGCCUGUAACCUCUCUCCCCCGUCCCGAUGACUCCCCCCCCACACAUGUCCGGACCCCCAGCCCCUGCGUUGUGUGCACAGAAAAUGCAGCCUCCUCUGGGGUGAGGGCUGGGAGUAUGGGGACCCCACGCCCGGCGCUGGAAUGCAGACAUCUCUGGGGUGAGGGCUGGGUGUAUGGGGACCCCACGCCCGGUGCUGGAAUGCGUCUGUCUCUGGGGUGAGGGCUGGGUGUAUGGGGACCCCACGCCCGGUGCUGGAAUGCGUCUGUCUCUGGGGUGAGGGCUGGGUGUAUGGGGACCCCACGCCCGGUGCUGGAAUGCGUCUGUCUCUGGGGUGGGGGCUGGGUGUAUGGGGACCCCACGCCCGGUGCUGGAAUGCGUCUGUCUCUGGGGUGAGGGCUGGGUGUAUGGGGACCUCACGCCCGUCCCUAUUUAAUGGCAAACACAUUUGGGACAGGAAGCGAAAGGGAGCGUCACAAACGUGGGCGGGUUUUCAGGAAGCCCCUCCCACUGGCGGAGAGCGCCCCCUAGGGAGCCCGUCUGCUCCCUGCAGCACAGCGCCCCCUAGCGCUGUCCUAGAGCUUCCGGGCCAGCCCUGCCUGCCAGGGGAGAGUGCCCCCUACUGGGCAUGCUGCAUUAAAUAGCUUUGACCCUGUCCAUAACCCCGGGGGGAUCUUGAAGGUCAGAGGACAAAUGCUGCUUACUCCUGAGUCUCUGCUUAAUGUGCCCCCCUCCCGAUCUGCGGCUCCCCUUCUCUGGUGCAUGGACUACAUAGAAGCACAUCUCUAUUUACCGCUGUACCCCCUCCGGCCAGCCCACUGCGGCUUCUCCCUGUUGUGCCCCCCGCUGGUCUGGGGCUGGGGUGCAGGGCUUGGGGUGUCGGAUGAUCUAUGGGCUGGAGGCGACGGCCCCCCUCCUCCUGGGUUCAUCUGACUGGUGAGGGCCAGCCGGACUCUGGGGUCCUCUCCCCAGGCCAGGGAGGGGAGUGGGGGCUAGUGGUUAGAGCGGGGGGGUCCUGGGAGCUAGGGAUCC